AGGUUGCUCUCUCUCUGCCCUCUUUCCUCGUCCCGCUCCACCUUUCCCUCCCCGUUCGUCAUCCGUCCCCUAAUAUUGUCUUACCCGCGCCAGGGACGCUCUACUCUCGCCUGUGCUAUCCGGCUCGCGCUCGAACAGUCCAUUAUCUGACCUGGCCACGCAGCCGACGAUUCGACACACGGCCUCGACGUUCAGUAUCAGGAGCGUAGUCGCCAACGAUGUCGACCUUGCUACCAAAGACAGUGAAUGUUCCGAGCGGCUCGCUUUUGACCAACCCGACCUUCACGAGCACCCCUCCCGGCGGACCCAUCCUGAGCACCUCGAGCUCAACGCAGUCCACACAGACCUUCCUCCCCCCUGGCGAAAGCAACACCGACACCAGCACCAACCUGUUCACCUUCGGCACGCAAACCGUCACCAACUCUGGUGGGUCUACAUCUUCACCUGCAACCGCAAGUGCAAGUGCAAGCGUCCUGCCAUCAAGCACCGUCACUACGCCCUCCUCCACUCCGGCGGCCUCCUCUUCUUCUUCUGCCUCCGAGACCGAGCCUAGUGCAUCGCUGACGGCGACUCUCACCGCCACCUCCCACUCGCGUUCUCAUCCAUCUACGCCUUCUUCCUCUCCUCUUCCGUCCUCAUCACCCUCAUCUCUGACAUCCCUAUCCUCCACAGACCCCACCUCCUUAUCCAUGUCCACCUCAAGCCUCUCCACCUCCACCUCCGAUGCCUCCUCACCUACGAAUGUGAACAUUUCAGGUGCUUCCCACCAUACCGUUCCCCCGGGCGCCAUCGCGGGUGCCGUCGUUGGCGGCGUCGCAGCGCUUCUCAUUGCUGCCGUCGCCGCCUUCCUCCUUUUCCGAUCCUGCGCGCGCAACCGCCCGGCCUCCAAACUCGGCGGCCAGCAACCGACGCUCUUCGUGACCUCGCCGCGCUCCUCACGCUCGCCCAAGUCGCCCAAGCACAAGGAGUGGGCCAACCUCGGCUCGGUCGACUCGACGCACCGCAGCUCCCCGGCCGACCUUCAUCUCGCCGACGCGAACGCGAGUCGGGCGUCGUCUAGGGGAGGGCUGGUGAACGGGGUAGGGGCGACGGGGAUGCAUGCCAGUCACAGCUCGGUCGCGAUGUCGGACGAGGAUAUGCGCACGGUCGAGGCCGGGAGCAGCGAGGGCACGGAUAAGCUCGGGACGAGUUACGGUUCGAGUGUCGCCGGCGGGGGCAUCCUGUCCGGCGUGCAGAGCCUCGAGUACGGCGUCGGAUACGCCGUCGACGACGACAAGUACGAAUCCUACGCCCCGCCCGCGCCGCCCACUCCUCGCGCCCAAGCCGCGCCCCACUCUCAAGCGAUCGCGCAAGCGCAAGCCGCCGCGCGCGCGAACCGCCGGCGCUCGUCGGGCUCGAGCGUGACGAUGGUCGUCGGCGACCACCGCUACUCCGGCAUCGAGCCGACCGCCACCGCCACCGCGACGACCACUACCACCAACCCACCUCCGACCGCCGCGCGCUCGCAGCAUCGGUUGUCCGGGUACGGCGCGCCGACGCCGACGAGCCCGACCUACCCGCCCGUGCCUCAACCCCACGCGUACCCUACCCGGCACCACGCCUCGCACUCCUCGACGGCCUCCCCGGUCUCGCCCGUUUCGGUCGCCCCUACCGCCGCUCCGCACCGCAAGCCCGCGCCCGUCUCACCUGCCGAAGGACAAGGACAAGGGCAAGGGCAAGGGCAGGUGCAGAGGAGCAACUCGGCGCGACGCACGGCGCGCAAGCCCGUGCCGAGGUACGACUCGGCCGACCUCCGGUCUGCUGCGCCGCCCGUGUCGCCUCCUCCCCCGGACGUGGGCAUGCUGGGCGUGCAGCAGCAGCAGCAGGUCGAGAGAAGGCCGAGCGCGGACCGGUUGGCGGCGGAGGGCGGCGGGCCUGUGUACCAUCUCAUGCCGGAUCUGCCGGUCGCGCAGAGGGACUGAACGCCCCUUUCGCCCCCCCCCCCACCCUUUGGUUCCUUCUAUCUCAAACGGGAUAAUUAUCGCCCUUUUUUCCGUCGAUGUGGUUGAAGUGUGCGUUUCGUGCGCGAAUCGUCGGUUUGUGUCGUUUUCAUUGGGUCACGAUGCUUUGCCACACACCCGCCAAGUUACAAAAAGUAUCUCUGUCUCUCUCUUGCCUGCCUUCUUCUUGACUUUCAACGUUUCGGCGGAUCCCUUCUUGCAUCGUAGAUUUGCCCCUCUUCAUUUUACGCCUUUCCGCAAAGGCUUCACGUUCACGGACUUCGCCUCCCCCCUCUUCACGCUUCACGCUUCAAGUUUCACGCCUCAUCAUCACGUUUCAAACGCUUCCGGCCCGUCUUGUUCCCUUUCGGGCAUACGCGCACUUUACUUACGCUUCCAGGUGUGUGCUGACGCUUGGGCUCGCACAUCCGUCGCUGUCCUGUCCCCGGUUUCGACCGGUUUC